AUGAAGAGGUCUGGAACUAGGGAGUUGAGUGAUUUCUACCCCAUUCGACCAGAAUGCCAAGCUGAUGUUCCAACAACUCGUUUUAAACCAAGGUAUGGCAAGACUUUAAGUGAAAGAAGAUGGCAAGCAUCAUUUGAUGAAGAAGGUCGUUUGGAUAUCGCAAAAGUGCUGAGACGAAUACAGCGAGGGGGUGUUCAUCCUUCAAUCAAAGGGGUGGUAAUGGAGUUCUUAUUAGGUUGUUAUGAUCCUAACAGUACAUUUGACGAACGGAAUGAACUCAAGCAACGCCGGAGGGGGCAGUAUGAUAUGUGGAAAGCUGAAUGUCAAAAGAUAGCCCCAGUCCUUGGUAGUGGAAAAUUUGUUACAACACCUCUCCUCAAUGAGGAUGGCCAACCAACAGAUCCUUCUUUGGUAACCGUCACGAAUCCAGAUAAGAAAGUUGCGCAGUGGUUAAUGUUAUUACAUCAGAUUGGCCUGGAUGUUGUUCGAACAGACCGAUCGCUUGUCUUUUACGAAGAUGAAGGUAAUCAAGCCAAACUUUGGGAUGUUCUAUCAAUUUAUGCUUGGUUGGACAAUGAUAUUGGUUAUGUACAAGGAAUGAAUGAUAUUUGCUCACCUUUGGUUAUUCUUAUUGAGAAUGAGGCAGAUUGCUAUUGGUGCUUUGACCGUGCGAUGCGAAGAAUGAGAGAGAACUUCAGGUGCACUGCAAGUUCAAUGGGGGUGCAAUCUCAGUUGGGUACACUCUCACAGAUAAUAAAAACAGUUGAUCCCAAGCUUCAUCAUCACCUUGAGGAUUUAGAUGGCGGAGAAUAUCUCUUUGCAUUUCGCAUGCUGAUGGUUCUUUUCCGAAGAGAAUUUUCUUUUGCAGACACUUUGUAUCUUUGGGAGCUGAUGUGGGGCAUGGAAUACAACCCGAACAUAUUCGCUAGAUACGAGGACCCAGAGCGUGCUAAAACAAAAGGCGUGACACCUGCAGCAAACGACAAAGUUCUGAAGCAAUACGGAAAAUUUGAGAGAAAAUAUUUAAAGGCCGGGCAUACAGAGGAAAAUAGUGCACUGGCUGUUUUUCUUGUUGCUAGUGUUCUUGAGACCAAGAAUAAGCGAAUUUUAACUGAGGCCAAGGGUGUGGAUGACGUUGUCAAGAUCUUGGGCGACAUAACCUCAAGUCUUGAUGCUAAAAAGGCAUGUGACGAAGCAUUGAAACUUCAGAAAAGAUACCUGCUCAAGACCACCAAGAAGGCAUGA